GCCAAAUCAAAACAUACAAAGCAUACUCAAAUCUAAAUUAAGAUACAAUAAUUUAAAUGGCCUUCUCAACAACUUUGUCUACUUCAUACAUUCUCCAAAGUAAUUUAUUUUGUGCACAAAAAUCAAAUCAACUAUCACUAAGGAAAUCAAUAUUACCACCCCAAAUUGGGAACAAAAUUGUUUACCAACCACUAAAGCAUAAUAAAGUGUUUUCACCAAAUAGAUGUGUUGGAAAAAUAAAUGCAUCACUUAAGUGGGAAAAGGGGUAUAAGAAUGUUGAGGUUUUUAGUAAGGAACAUCUUGCUGUGUCAUUGGCUUAUGAUGUUGCUCAACUCUCUAACAAAUUCACUAAAGAAAGAGGUGCUUUCACUGUUGCUUUGUCUGGUGGAUCAUUGAUCAAGUAUCUCAGAAAAUUGGUUGAGUCUCCCUAUGCUGAAACCAUAGAUUGGUCAAACUGGCAUGUUUUCUGGGUUGAUGAGAGAGUCGUCCCAAAGGAUCACUUAGAAAGUAAUUAUAAGCUUGCAAGUGAUGGAUUUCUCUCCAAGGUGCCAAUUCCUCCUCUGAAUGUUUAUUCUAUUGAUGAUGCCCUAUCACCAGAAGGGGCAGCUGAUGUUUAUGAGACAAAUCUAAGACGUUUGGUUACAAGAAAUGUGAUAGCAACAUCAACCAAUGGAUUACCAAAAUUUGAUCUCAUGCUCUUAGGUAUGGGUCCAGAUGGACAUGUUGCAUCUUUAUUCCCAGGUCAUCCUCUUCUCAAUGAGAAUAACAAAUGGGUCGCUUUCCUCAAUGACUCACCAAAACAACCACUAGAGAGAAUCACUUUCACAUUUCCAGUGAUCAAUUCUUCAUCCAAUGUAGCUAUGGUUGUGACCGGCGCGGGUAAAUCGAGUGCGAUUUACGCUGCACUUGAGGAUGAGAAGAAAACUGAUUUGUUGCCUGUGGAAAAGGUUUCACCUGAAGGGGAAUUGAAAUGGUACUUAGACAAAGGUGCUGCUUCAAAGCUGUUUAAAGAGUAGAUUCAUAAGUGAUACAUAUAUUUUCAAGUAAUUAAUUUACAUGCUAUACUUUAUUUUUUUUCUAAUGAUGUAUUUUGAACCAAUUAGAUAGGCUGUCUUGAUAUUUAAAAAAGUAAAUAGGGAUGUAUUGUGUUCGUUUAUUUACAAAAGAGAUGUAUUCAAGUGAUCAUGACAUUGCUUACUAAUAUCUAUUAACUAAGAAAUAAAAGAUUUGUUCUUUCUGUUGGUCA